AUGACUCUGCUGGACUUGUGGCUGUCGCGCUCCAUCCCCAUGUGCCUGCUCCUCCAGAGCCUAGUCCUCAUGGCCCUGUGCUUCCCCUCGGCCAGCAUGUGUCCAAAGGGCUGCAUCUGCCAACGCGACCCCCACCUCCAUGGCCUCAACGUGACCUGCAGUCAGUCCCGCCUCAAAGAGAUCCCCCCCAGCCUCCCGGUGGACACUGUACUGCUGAGGCUGGACCACAACCAGAUAGGCGCCGUGCCGGAUCAGGCCUUCCACGGACUCAGGCUCCUGAGGGAGCUCAACCUUUCGUACAACGCGGUGGAGACCUUAGGGGAAGGGGCCUUCAGCGGCAUCGAGGCGACGCUACAGGUGCUGGACCUCUCCCACAACCGCAUCACUAGCGUGCACAAGGACGCCUUCGUCCGGCUCAAGGCCCGCGUCAUCGUGGACGAUAACCCCUGGCAUUGUGACUGCGCCCUCCAGCAGGCCAUCGGCGGAAUGGCCCACAACCACGAGGCCACCGCCCGGGUCCUCUGCAGGAGCUCGGAGCUCCGGGACAAGGAGGGCAGACCUUUCUUGGCGGUGGAUACUGACCUCUGUAACCUGGCCAAAAGGACCACAGACUACGCUAUGCUGGUGACCAUGUUCGGCUGGUUUGCCAUGGUCAUUUCGUAUGUGGUGUAUUACGUCCGUCAGAACCAGGAGGACGCCCGACGCCACCUGGAGUACCUCAAGUCUCUGCCCAGCAAGCCCAAGAAACCUGACGAGGCGGACGACAUAAGCACUGUCGUCUGA